CGCUGACAGUCGCAUCCCGACGAGCAGCAGCACAGCCCGCCACCAAUCGCCCACCAUGUCGAUGUUUCGCCCCAAGAAGCUCGACCUGAGCUGCUUCACCAAUGUGCGCGUCCUGCGCGACCAUGCCAAGCGCCAGGUCUUCCAGGAGCACGAGACCCAGAGGCAAGCCCUCCGAUACCUCAUCCGCAACACGACCCUGCCGCCUCGCGUGCGCGCCGAAGCCCAGCUGCAGCUGACGCAGAUGCACGCCUACACCCGCUCCACGCAGAUCAGGAACCGGUGCAUCAUGGGUGGAAAGAGCCGCGGUGUUUUCAGGGACUUCAAGAUGUCCAGGUUUGCGUUCAGGAUGGAGGCGUACCAGGGCAACCUGCCGGGCGUGAAGAAGGCGAGCUGGUAGAGCCGCGGAGGGAGCUUGGGACGAUGGCAGUGUACAACUAGUUGGCCGAAUAGCGUUUGCCGUCGUGCCGUGACGAUAUCUGGACGGCGUGAUAUUCAUGGGCGGCUGCUGGCCUGGAUGGUGGAUCCCAAGGCCGCGCCGACGCUUACCAUGUACAACAUUUUGACAACCGACGAAAAUUGACGACUUGAUUUGGUUC